AUGGUUAACAUUGGUAUCAACGGAUUUGGCCGAAUUGGUCGACUCGUCUGCCGAGCUUCCUUGGCCCGAGACGACGUCAACGUCGUCGCCAUCAACGAUCCCUUCAUCGAUCUUGACUACAUGGUCUACAUGUUCAAAUACGACUCCACCCACGGCGUCUUCAAGGGCGACGUUUCUGCUCAGGAUGGAAAGCUCGUCAUCAAUGGAAAGGCUAUCUCCGUCUUCAACAACCGAGACCCCGCCGAGAUCCAGUGGGGAUCUGCCGGAGCCGACUUCGUCGUCGAAUCUACCGGCGUCUUCACCACCAUUGACAAGGCUUCCGCUCACUUGAAGGGUGGUGCUAAGCAUGUUAUCAUCUCCGCUCCUUCCGCUGAUGCUCCUAUGUUCGUCGUCGGUGUCAACGAAGAUAAAUACGAAUCCUCGAUGAAGAUCGUUUCUAACGCUUCCUGCACCACCAACUGCCUUGCUCCCCUCGCCAAGGUUGUCAACGACACCUUCGGUAUUGAGGAGGGUCUCAUGACCACCGUCCACGCUUACACCGCCACCCAGAAGACCGUCGAUGGUCCCUCUGGCAAGGCCUGGCGAGAUGGCCGAGGCGCCGGACAGAACAUCAUCCCCGCCUCUACUGGUGCCGCCAAGGCCGUCGGAAAGGUCAUCCCCGAGCUCAACGGAAAACUCACUGGUAUGGCCUUCCGAGUGCCAACCCCCAACGUUUCCGUUGUCGAUCUCACUUGCCGACUCCAGAAGCCCGCUUCUCUUGAGGAAAUCAACGCCGCCAUCCGAUCUGCCGCUGAGGGCAAGAUGAAGGGCGUCCUCGGAUACACCGAAGAUAUGGUCGUCUCUUGCGACUUCAACGGCAGCACCUUCUCCUCGAUCUACGACGCCAAGGCCUGCAUCCAGCUCAACAACCAGUUCGUCAAGCUCGUCUCCUGGUAUGACAACGAAAACGGCUACUCCAACCGAGUCGUCGACCUCAUCAAGGUCAUGGCGGCCAAGGAGUAA